AUGUACUAUUUUCAGAAAAUAUCUCUUUUGAUUAUUGUUUUUGCUUUCCCUACUCUAGUCUUUGGCGAUUGUACUUGUGAUUAUGAAGCCAUAGAAGGCAAAAAUGCUGAAGCCCUCAAAUUCAAAAUUGGUGCAAUUGCUUCCAUUCUUUUUGCAGGAGCUGUUGGAGUAAGCCUCCCUCUGAUAGGAGAUAGAAUCCCUGCCCUAAGGCCAGAAAAUGACAUCUUCUUUAUGAUCAAGGCAUUUGCAGCUGGUGUUAUCCUUGCAACCGGGUUCAUUCACAUACUCCCUGAUGCUUUUGAUGACUUGUCAUCGCCUUGCCUUCCUGAAUAUCCCUGGGGAAGUUUCCCCUUUAUAGGCUUCACAGCGAUGAUGUCAGCGAUCGGAACCCUAAUGAUUGACUCUUUCGCGACGGGGUAUUACAAGAGACAACAUUCAAAUGGCGCAGAUAAACAAGUGAGAGUGGAUGAGGAGACGGCUGACGAGCAUACAGAUGAUCACAUACAUGUUCAUUCACAUGGUCAUUCUCAUCGCUCAACCUCUUCACAAAAUUCUAGAAGUACAUCUGAGUUAAUCCGACAUCGUAUUGUAGCACAAGUACUGGAGUUGGGUAUUGUUGUUCACUCAGUUAUAAUUGGCAUUACAUUGGGUGCUUCUCAAAGCCCUGAAACAAUAAAACCCCUCAUUGCUGCCUUGUCUUUCCAUCAAUUUUUUGAGGGAAUGGGACUUGGGGGCUGCAUCGUUCAGGCAAAGUUCAAAAUUCGGUCGGUCCUAAUGAUGGCAGCAUUCUUUUCCCUGACAACCCCAGUAGGAAUUGCAAUUGGCAUUGGAAUUUCGAGUGUUUACAAUGAAAAUAGCCCAACGUCAUUAAUAGUUGAAGGGCUUUUUAAUGCUACUGCUGCUGGGAUUUUGAUUUACAUGGCCUUGGUUGACCUCUUAGCUGCUGAUUUCAUGAACCCAAGAAUGCUAAUCAAUCUCAGGCUUCAAUUAGGAGCAAAUAUUUCUCUUCUUAUUGGUGCUGGUUGUAUGUCUGUUUUGGCAAAAUGGGCUUGAUCAA